AUGAGUUUCCUCCGACAGGUCAGUCUUCUGCUAUGGAAAAAUUGGAUACUUCGGAAACGGCAGAAGCUUCGUCUUCUAAUUGAACUUUUAUGGCCUUUGUCCUUAUUUUUUGUCCUAGUCUGGCUGAGGAACGUUAACCCAGUCUAUCGCCAACAUGAAUGUCAUUUCCCAAAUAAGGCCAUGCCCUCUGCAGGAACUCUGCCAUGGUUACAGGGCAUCUUCUGUAACAUGAACAAUCCUUGUUUCAAAAGUCCUACCAGUGGAGAGUCCCCUGGUGUUGUGUCCAACUACAAUAAUUCCAUUUUAGCAAGAGUAUACCAAGAUGCUCAAGAACUAUUGCUGGAAAGCCAUGAAACAGAACUGGGCAGACUCUGGGAAGAAUUGCGCACCAUCACCCAGUUUAUGGAAACCAUGAGGACGAAUCCUGAAAGGAUUGCAGGAAAAGGCAUACGAAUCCAGGAUAUCUUAAAAGAUGGGGAGAAUCUAACUACGUUUCUGCUUGAAGAUAUAGGCCUGCCUGAUGUGGUGGUUUAUCACCUGAUUAACGCGCAAGUGCGACCUGAACAGUUUGCCUUUGGCGUCCCAGACUUGACUUUGAAAGAUAUCGCCUGCAGCAAGGCCUUGCUGAAUCGCUUUAUUAUCUUCAGGAGGCCAAGUGGCUUUCAAGCUGUGUAUAGCGCAAUGUGUGCCCUUUCCCAAGAGGCCUUGCAGAAGGUCGAAGACUCUUUGUAUGCAAAUACAGACUUCUUUAAGCUUUUCCAUCGGCUUCCUACUGUUUUAGACAGUAACACACAAGGUGCCGAUUUGCGAUCAUGGGGGCGAAUACUUUCUAAUGUAUCUCAAGCAGUGCAAAAGCUAGCACGUAGGCCAAGCGUUCAAGACCUUUUGUCCACUCUGCAACCGCUGCUGCAAGAUGGAGAGCCAGCCUCCUUAUGGCAGCUGAUGAGUACUUUAUCUCAACUCCUCUGUGGUUACCCAGAGGGAGGGGGUUCCAGAAUACUCUCUCUCAACUGGUACGAAGAUAAUAAUUACAAGGCUUUCCUUGGGGUUGACUCCACGAAGAAGGAAUCCGUUUAUUUUUAUGACAACACAACCACACCCUUUUGUAAUACAUUGAUCCAGACCGUAGAAUCGAACCCUUUGACCAAAAUAGCCUGGAGGUCCGUGAAACCGCUAUUGAUGGGGAAAAUCCUCUUUGCUCCUGAUUUACCUGCUGUGCAGAAAAUAAUAAAGAAUGCAAAUUCCACAUUUGAGGAACUUGAGCGACUCCAACUCCUGGCUAAAGCCUGGAAAGAAGUGGGACCUCAGGUGUGGAACUUCUUCCAAGACAGCGUGCAAAUGAACAUGAUCCGGGACACUUUGCAAAACCCUACAGUGAAAGGUUUCUUAAAUGAGCAGCUGCAUUCUGAAGAUUUAACUGCAGAAGACAUUAUCAAUUUUCUCUACAAUGGUCCACCUGAGAGAAGAAAGGAGGGUGUGGUGAACUUUGAUUGGAGAAAUGUCUUCAGUGUCACCAACCAAGUUCUGCAUAUGGUUCACCAGUACCUAGAGUGUUUGACUCUUGACAAAUUUGAAGGCCACGCUGAUGAAUUUCGGGUGACUCGUCGUGCUCUCUAUCUUCUGGAGGAAAACAAGUUCUGGGCUGCUGUUGUCUUUUCUGAUCUGGACCCAACAGCCAACCGACUGCCACCUCAUGUGAAAUACAAGAUUCGUAUGGGUAUUGAUGCAGUGGAGAAAACAAACAAAAUCAAAGACAGGUACUGGGAUCCUGGUCCAAGAGCUGACCCAGUGGAUGAUUUGCGGUACAUCUGGGGAGGGUUUGCCUAUCUGCAAGACAUGAUUGAGCAUGGGAUUAUCAAGACCCAGACCAGUGUUGAAGUGCCUCCAGGGAUCUACUUGCAACAAAUGCCCUAUCCCUGCUUUGUAGAUGAUGUCUUCAUGGUUACUCUGAAUCGGUCCUUCCCCAUUUUCAUGGUGCUGGCUUGGAUCUACUCAGUUUCUAUGACUGUAAAGAGCAUCGUGCUGGAGAAAGAAAUGAGACUGAAGGAGGCCAUGAAGAACAGGGGUGUCACAAAUGGGGCAAUUUGGUUCACAUGGUUUCUAGACAGCUUUAUCAUGAUGGCUGUGAGCACAUUUCUCCUGACGGCACUCGUUACGUAUGGCAAAGUGCUUCAUUACAGCAAUCCCCAGCUCCUGUUCUUGUUCCUGUUGACCUUCACCAUAGCCAGCAUCAUGCAAUGCUUCUUGCUCAGCACUUUUUUCUCUAAGGCUAAUCUGGCAGCUGCCUGCAGUGGAGUCAUCUACUUUACCCUCUACCUGCCUCACAUUGUCUGCUUUGCCUGGCAGGACCGUCUGACUGUUAAGCUAAAGAUCAUGGCAAGCUUGCUUUCACCUGUGGCUUUUGGGUUCGGUACAGAAUACUUGUCACGCUAUGAGGAGCAAGGACUUGGGCUACAGUGGGAUAACAUCUGGAUCAGCCCACUGGAAGGCGAUCAGUACAGUUUCUUGCUCUCUAUAGAGAUGAUGUUUUUUGAUGCUUUUAUCUAUGGAUUGCUUGCUUGGUACUUGGAUAAUGUCUUCCCAGGAGACUAUGGGAUACCACGGCCUUGGUAUUUCCCUUUGCAGCAGUCAUACUGGCUUGGGUCAGGACGCCCAAAGGCUGAGAAAACAACAACUGCGGAUGGUGAGCUAUCAAACCUGUACUUCGAAGCUGAGCCUUCUGGUCUGGUCCCAGGUGUGUGCAUUCAGAACCUGGUGAAGAUCUUCCCCAAUCGCUCUAAGCCCGCAGUGGAUGGAAUGAAUAUUACUUUCUAUGAGGGCCAGAUCACCGCUUUCCUCGGCCACAAUGGAGCUGGAAAGACAACCACUAUGUCUAUCCUCACAGGUUUGUUCCCACCUACAUCUGGAACAAUACUGGUGGGUGGAAAGGACAUCCAGACACACAUGGACUCCAUCCAGCAGAGUUUAGGCAUGUGCCCUCAGUACAACAUCUUGUUCAAUCACCUUACUGUCGCAGAACACAUCCGGUUUUAUGCUCGGCUGAAAGGGAGAUCCAGAGAGGAGGCAGAACUGGAAGUAGAGAUGAUGCUCGAAGACAUUGGCCUGCCGCAUAAAAGGAACGAAGAGGCUCAAAACCUGUCAGGUGGCAUGCAGCGGAAGCUGUCUGUUGCCAUUGCUUUUGUUGGCGAAGCAAAAGUGGUUGUCCUGGAUGAACCCACUUCAGGAGUUGAUCCGUAUUCCAGACGGUCUAUUUGGGACCUCCUACUGAAGUAUCGUUCAGGUAGGACUAUCAUUCUUUCAACCCACCACAUGGAUGAAGCAGACAUCCUUGGAGAUCGGGUUGCUAUCAUUUCCCAAGGAAAGCUGCACUGCUCAGGAUCUCCUGUUUUCCUAAAGAACUCCUUUGGGACAGGCUUUUAUCUCACCUUGGUCCGCAAGAUGAAAAACAUUCAAAGUGGUGGAGCAAAAGAGGCUACCUCCUGCAGCCUGGGAUCCAAAUGUUCGUGUUCUUGCUCUGGCUGCGUACCUACAAGCAAGGCAGAAACUGUGGAACAGGAACUGGAUGGUGAUGUGAAUGAACUAAAUGAACUGAUCCAUCAUCAUGUUCCGGAAGCAAAGUUAAUCGAAAGUAUCGGUCAGGAGCUUAUCUACCUGCUCCCCAGUAAGAAUUUUAAGCAACGAUCCUACGCCAGUCUCUUCAGAGAGUUAGAGGAAACCCUGGCUGAUGUGGGACUCAGCAGUUUUGGGAUUUCAGACACGCCACUUGAAGAGGUUUUCUUGAAGGUUACGGCAGAGGCUGAUCCUGGAAUGCAGAAUGCAGGAGCUGCCCAGGAAAAUGGUGCCACUGGACAAGAAGAGGGAGCCCAGCAAAAUACUCUGCCAGCCAAUGGCACUUCGCGCACUCCUGUUGCUCUGGAAGGAUAUGGGAGUGGUGGCAAAGGAUCCAGUCAGAAUAAAGGUUGCCAGCUUGUCCUUCAGCAGAUCAAAGCACUUCUCAUCAAACGAUUCCAUCAUUCCACCCGUAGCUUGAAAGACUUCUUUGCUCAGAUUAUUCUCCCGGCUAGCUUUGUGCUGCUGGCUCUGAUACUUACAGUCCUCAUCCCUCCAUUUGGUGAAUACCCCAGUCUCACCCUCCACCCCUGGAUCUAUGGACAGCAGUUCACUUUCUUCAGCAACGAGCGACCUGGAAGUGAGCAAAUGGUUUCUCUUAUUGACGCCUUCUUAAAUAAACCAGGAUUUGGAAAUCGCUGCUUGAAGAGAGAGCCACUUCAGAACUACCCUUGUGUUAAUACCUCAACACCCUGGAUGACACCAACCGUUCCUUACAACGUCUCUGCUCGUUUUCGAACGAACGUAUGGAAACCCGACAACCCCUCGCCCUCCUGCAGAUGCAGCACGAGGAAGAAACUCUCUAUGCUUCCAGAGUGCCCUUUGGGAGCUGGUGGACUUCCUCCUCCACAGAGAGUUCAGCGUAGCACAGAAAUUCUUCAGGAUCUCACGCAUCGAAAUAUUUCCGAUUUCCUAGUAAAAACGUAUCCCGCUCUUAUUAGAAGCAGUUUAAAGAGCAAAUACUGGGUUAACGAACAGAGAUAUGGAGGAAUUUCCAUUGGCGGAAAACUUCCAGUCCUACAUGUCACUGGAGAGCAAAUUGUUGGUUUUCUGAGAGAACUUGGUCAAAUGAUGAACAUAACAGGGGGUGAAGCAACAAUGGCUGCAGCUAAGGAAAUGUCAAAUUUUCUUAAAUACAUGGAAACUGAAGACAAUAUUAAGGUGUGGUUUAACAACAAAGGCUGGCAUGCCUUGGUUAGUUUUCUCAACGUCGCCAACAACGCAGUGCUAAGAGCCAACCUGAAGCAAGGCAGGAACUCCGAGGAUUAUGGGAUAACUGCUAUCAGCCAUCCACUGAACCUCACUAAAGAGCAGCUCUCCGAAGUCACUGUGCUGACCACUUCGGUAGAUGCGGUUGUUUCCAUCUGUGUGAUUUUUGCCAUGUCUUUCAUCCCGGCAAGCUUUGUUUUAUACCUGAUCCAGGAACGAGUGACAAAAGCCAAGCACCUCCAGUUUGUCAGUGGCAUGAGCCCUUUUGUUUACUGGAUCACCAAUUUCCUUUGGGACAUAGUGAAUUAUACCAUAAGUGCUGGCCUAGUGGUGGCAAUAUUCAUUGGCUUUAAAAAGAAAGCCUACAUAUCACCAAGCAACCUCCCUGCACUUAUUACAUUGCUGCUUUUGUAUGGAUGGGCCAUAAUUCCUAUGAUGUAUCCAGCAUCUUGCUUCUUUAGCAUCCCCAGCACUGCCUAUGUUGCCUUGUCUUGCAUUAACCUCUUCAUUGGUAUCAACAGCAGUGCCAUCACAUUUGUCCUGGAGCUCUUUGAAAACAAUCCGUCUCUGCUGAAAUUCAAUAAAACAUUGAAAAAUAUCCUGUUAGUCUUUCCUCAUUUUUGUCUGGGCCGUGGACUCAUUGACUUAGCCAUGAACCAAGCUGUGGUUGAUGUGUAUGCUCAGUUUGGAGAAGAGCAUGUCUUGAAUCCAUUUCACUGGGAUUUCGCUGGAAAAAACAUGGUGGCCCUGGCAGUGCAGGGUGUCGCAUAUUUUAUUUUGAAUCUUCUGACACAGCAUAAUUUCUUCUCUACAAGAUGGUACAAUGUAGUGAUGCUGCCUGUUAUGGAUGAAGAUGAGGAUGUUGCAGAGGAAAGACAACGAAUCAUGGACGGAGGCAGCAAAACAGAUAUUUUGAAAUUACAGAAACUGACCAAGAUUUAUGCAGGAAGACACAUUCCAGCAGUGGAUAGACUCUGUGUCGGCAUUCGUCCUGGGGAGUGCUUUGGUCUCCUGGGCGUGAAUGGAGCUGGCAAGACAACCACGUUCAAAAUGCUGACUGGAGAUACUGGAGUAACAUCUGGAGACGCUGUUGUGGCUGGGCACAGCAUCUUGUCUCAGAUCUCUGGUGUUCAUCAAAACAUGGGCUACUGCCCACAGUUUGAUGCUAUCGAUGAUCUGCUCACAGGGAGAGAGCACUUGUGUCUCUAUGCCCGUCUGCGUGGGGUCCCUGCAGCAGAAGUUGAGAGGGUGGCCGAGUGGGGUGUUCAGAAGCUUGGUCUCUCGACCUAUGCGGAUCAGCUGGCCGGCACGUACAGCGGGGGUAACAAGCGCAAGCUCUCCACGGCCAUUGCACUGAUAGGUUCUCCUCCUUUAGUCCUGCUGGAUGAACCAACUACAGGAAUGGACCCUCAGUCCCGGCGCUUUUUAUGGAACUCAAUUGUCAGCGUGAUCAGAGAUGGAAGAGCUGUGGUACUCACCUCACACAGUAUGGAAGAAUGUGAGGCCCUCUGUACACGUCUGGCCAUCAUGGUUAAGGGGACCUUCAAAUGCCUGGGCACCAUCCAGCAUCUCAAAUACAAAUAUGGAGAUGGCUACAUUGUCACCAUGAAAAUCAAGGCCCCUAAACCUGGAUUGACUCCAGAUCUAAGCCUGACGGAGCACUUCAUACAAGUGAACUUCCCAGGAAGUGUGCAGAGGGAAAAGCAUUACAACAUGUUGCAGUAUCAGAUAUGUGCUUACUCAUUGGCCAGGAUCUUCCGGUUGAUUCUUUCCAACAAAGACAACUUAAAUAUUGAAGAGUACUCUGUCACACAAACUACCCUCGAUCAGGUUUUUGUGAACUUUGCUAAACAACAGAUGGCGGAUGAGGAAAUUCCUCUACACCCUCGUGCAGCUGGAGCUAAUAGAGAGGUGAAGGUGACCCCUGCUUUCUGUCGGCAGAGAACCACAUAGAGGAGCUGUGUAGCAGCUAAAGCGAAGUCCCAACAGCUGAGGACCAUGAGACACCACAGUACUAUAUUGAAUAUGCCUCUCACAAGCAUAAUAAUUUAAGCAAAGCACAACGUAGCUUGAGGGGCUCUAGCUGGGAACAGUGAUGAGGUCAAUUGAGUAGAUUGGUCAAAAUCUU